AUGCAGGAAAAAGAUAGAGGAAGUUUGAGGGGCGAGGGCUGGGAGGAAAUCUGGAUUGAAAUUAUCAGCGUCAAGGCAACGAUACCGCUAGUGAUGGGCGCCAAUAUCGGGACCUCAAUCACAAACACCAUCGUUUCUUUAGCUCAAGCAGGCGAUCGGAACGAGUUUCGCCGAGCUUUUGCCGCCGCCACCAUCUUGGAUAUGUUCAACUGGUUAACGGUGCUAAUCUUGUUGCCGUUGGAGGCCGCCAGCGGUUACCUCUACCGACUUACGGGUGCCAUUAUGGAUGGCAUCUCAGGUAACACGAAAUUCGAUCGUAUUGAACUGCUGCAGGUGAUCACUCGGCCGUUCACUGAUCUUAUCAUUGAGCUGGACUCGGAGUGUUUAAAGAAAAUUGCAAAUGGCGAUGAUGUGGAAAGUCUAGUAAAAAGAUGGUGUGAGAAGACACUUCCGGUUAAUGGAAGCCAUGGCUUUUUCACUCCCGAUCCAUCUCAGUUGCUAGAUGCUCAUAACAUGUCGAUGGGUGAAUGUUCAAUAAAUACAGAGCUUGGUGUCAAUGCAUCAAGUACAGAAAAACAAAUUAUAGGAAACCUUACGAAAGACUGGAAGAAAUGUCACCACGUAUUUGCAAACUCUUCCCUCAAUGACACCUUAAUUGGCGUGAUCUUGCUUGUAAUUUCGCUGGUCGUGCUCUGUUUCUGCUUAAUAUCAAUUGUAAAAAUCCUCCAUACCGUAAUGAAAGGCAACACGGCGAAAAUUAUAAAGAAAAUGGUCAACGCCAAACUACCCAGUCCGUUUGGGUUUCUAACCGGUUACCUGGCGAUUCUUGUCGGUACAGCCUUGACGUUUCUGGUGCAAAGUAGUUCCAUCUUCACCUCCACACUCACCCCGCUCGUUGGCGUUGGGGUUAUUUCCUUGAAACGGAUGUAUCCUCUGACGCUGGGAGCAAACAUAGGGACGACGUUCACAGCUGUUAUGGCUGCCAUGACAUCAUCCGGUGAAAGCCUAAAACUGGCCCUGCGAAUCGCGUUCUGUCAUCUGUUCUUUAACGUAAGCGGCAUCCUCAUUUGGUAUCCGAUUCCAUACUUGAGGAAAGUCCCCAUUGGUCUGAGCAAAUCUCUCGGCAAUACAACAGCAAAAUAUCGUUGGUUUGCCAUUGUAUACCUCAUCACUAUGUUCUUGUUGUUACCCGGUCUUGUGUUUGUCGUGUCCUUGGGUGGAUGGCCUGCUUGGGUUGGUGUUUUUGGUCCGAUCGGUUUGGUCCUUAUAUUCGUGAUUAUCAUGAACAUACUUCAGAAAAAGUUACCCAGCUAUCUACCCGAAAAACUGAGGACCUGGGACUUUCUGCCUCUGUGGAUGCACUCGCUAGAACCAUACGACCGACCGAUGACGGCAAUCGGUCGGUGGUUUGGGAAAUUGAAAAGGUGCUCGUUCUCCAAAGAAAAGAAUAACACUCUUACGCCACAAACGAACUUUGCCAUGAAAAGCUCAAUGGAAUCGAUUCCAUGAAAGAAAUUUUUUUUUAAAUACCAAAAACCU